CUGGAGGGAGCCACAACACGCGAAUCAUGCUGCUGCUCAUCGUAUCCAUGGUCAACGUGCUGUUUGGUGUUGGAGUGGUUUGCAUGCCGCUGUCAGACAACGGGCCCCACGUCGCCCACGGCUGGGCCCAGGUGGUGCGGCUCAGGCACCUUUACGCCACCAGACCAGGAGUGCACCUGCUGAUCAGUGAGGGUGGACAGAUCCGUGGUUCUGCCGUCCAGACUCUGCACAGCCUAAUGGAGAUUCGUCCAGUGGGUCCAGGCCGUGUCGUCAUCAGAGGGGUAGCAACCGCAAGGUUUCUCUGCAUAGAAGACGACGGCACACUGUACUCAUCGCAUGCCUACAGCAGAGAGGACUGCGUCUUCAGAGAGCAGAUCCUGCCAGAUGGGUACAACAUCUAUAUCUCUGACAGACACGGAGUCCUGCUCAGUCUGGGAAACCACCGGCAAAGACUGCAGGGCUCAGACCGAGGAGAUCCAGCCCUGGCCCAGUUCCUCCCCAGGAUCAGCACUCUGAACCAAAUGCCUUCCCCCGGGGCAAACAUCGGUGACCACGUGACAGUAGCAAAAACAGAAGAAGCUGUGGACACAAUAGAUUCAUUUGGAAAGUUCUCUCAGAUCAUUGACAGCCCCAGCUUCCAUAAGAGAUGAGCUGCAGCUCUAAGACACCUGCUAAUGCCGGGGGGUGUCCGAGUGUUGUAAAACCAGGCUGCAGCAUUCCUGCACCGGGACAGUACCUGCAGCUCUGUCCAAAAGACUACAAGUGACCCAAAAGACUACAAGAGCAGAUCCAACAGAGUGUAGUGUGCAUGCUCUACAGGACACUGGUACAACAAGGUGAGGGUGCUCACUGAUCACAGCAAACAAAAAGCAACAAACAUGCAGGAAAAGGAAUGAGUCAGCUGACUGAGGAGCGCCGUGAAGGCUGUAAAGAAAGAGUCCGACGUGUUCCUGAAAUAUGAAGCAGGAUUUAGGCUUAGUGAGGUAACCUCUGGUUUAACCUUGAGUUUUACUGUCGAUGAGGUGCUCCACUCUUCACAUCGCCACGUAAAUUAUGCUCCGGAGCAGAGAGUGCUCAAGAUAAGCAAUCAACACAUACAGAACCUCAGCGUGCAGGCAGUGAGACGGUUUCCAAGACUUUUCCUGAAAACCAUCAAUGGAAUUUUUUUUACCUUCUUAUGUAUACAGGAUGUAGCUUUUUUAUUUAAUUAUUUAAUUUCAUUUUAUCCUAAUUUAAUUUUUCCAGCUUUUUAGUUUUACAGACCAGUCAGAAUGCUUAACGCUAUAAACUAAACACACAACCUUUUUCAUAUUGCUGAGCCUGAUGUUAGUCGUGGGGUAAGUCAGUCAGAGGAGGAUAUGUUGAAGUGGCCUCUGUAGGAAAGAGGGCGAGUGGUGACUGACUCUCUUUGUGAACUGAAGGUGUAGAAUAAGAUCAGCACACAGGAGGAGGCAGGACCUGUUCGGACUUCAUGUUUCCACACUGAGCUCUAAUGUCUGCAGAACGACUGCAGUAUAAAGUGUAGUUUGUACUGUAAAACUACAGCCAAUGCUUUAGUUUAAAUAUCAGUGUCAUUCCUGUUUAAUCAUCGUACCUUCAUAUUUACUCAGUAUGUCCUGUUUCCUGUUACAUGUGAGGAUGUAGGAGUGGCUCAUCCAGUGGUUUGCAGCUUAAGCUCGAUACUGUUCACCAGUGUGUCACACACACUUUCAUCGGUGUGACAGGAUGUGUGUGUGACAGAUUAUAAAGCGCUGUGAGAGCUCCAUAAGAAUCAGCAUUUUGUCCAUGAUAGAUCAUAUAUCCAACGAGGUGCUAUAUCAAUGUGAAUGUGAUUUAUAUAUGAACUAAUUUAAUAUGAUGAACCAUUUCAUGCUUGGUCACUGUGUAGUUUUGUUAAUUAUAUUUAAAUGUUUUUAAUAUAAAUAAUCACUUGCACAACACACAAAGUAUAUCAAAGAAGCACGAGCAGAGUAUGAUCCCAGCAGGUGUGUGCUGCAGGCUUUUCAGGUGGCUAUAAAUAAACAAUUAAAGCUUAAAUAGCUGGUUCAUUACAGGCCAACGGUGCUUUUACUUUGAAACUUCUUAAACGAGCUGGUUUAAAUUGUUUAUUUGAAGAAUGUCAGUGAGGGUCUAGAGGUCAUCAUGGCACAGAAAAACAUUUUAAUAAAUAUGAGGAGGUUAAUAAAUGAAAGUCUAAACAUACGCAGCUUAAAUCUAAAUUGGAUGCAGGUAUUGUGCUGUGAGGGUAAAGAUUUUCUUCUGUCCUUGUGGUAGUGAGACAGAAAGAGAUGUUAGAGAAAGUGUUCACCUGCACUCAGCACAGUCACGAUCCAGGAAUUAUCCACAGUCACAGCUCUGGACGACCUCUGCUUCAGAAAGAGCAUCAUUGUUGUCCUCACAUUCAGCUCCAGCACUUUGCCUGGACUACAGGUGCUGAUGGCCAAAUGAAGCUUGUGUUGAAAUACACUUCAUUUCAACACAGUCCUCUCUGGUGACAUCUGGUGGUGAAAAUAUGAAAAGCAGCUUGAAUCUACAAAAUAAACGAACUGUUUCAUUAUGACUCUACAGACUGGAGUUCUGUCUGACAUUGGGCCGCCGUUGUGUUGCUGUGAACGUGUAUUUUUGUGGUAAAAAAUUGUUGUGUUUAUUUGUUUAAUAAAUAAUUUUCAUCA